ACACGUAAACAGAAGACUAAAACGACGCCGUAAGGUUCAUAAAAUGUGCCUCCAUCCACUGGUGGCCAUUCGGAAGGGGCCUUCCACGGAGCACAGAGAUGGGCAAAAAGGAGGAAGGAUAUGGAUGGGCAAUAUCAGCUGGAAUGAACGCUGCUCUCGCCGCCAUAGCUGCGAAGUUCUUUUACAAUCAGUUUGUUAGAUAUAGUAUGGUUGUGAUAUGUAACGUGAUAAUGUGGGGAUGUUACGUUAACAGCCUUAAAGUUCUUUCAUCUCUGCAAGCUACAGUGACGAACUUUGCCACGAAUUUCCUCUCCUCUGGUCUAGCUGGAUUUUUAUUGUUUAAGGAAGCAUUAUCAGCUCAGUGGUUUGCAGGUGCCUUGCUCAUUGUAAUUGGCGUAGUGAUACUUAGCAAAUCAAGUGUAGAACCAAAGGCAAACAUCGAUUAGAAGUUUCAGUGGUGUAGUAUACCUACUUCUUUAAUUAGGUUAAACAUUCAAUAUGCCUUCCGAUUUAUUGAAGCAAGAUUUAACAUGAUAUUUCUGAGAGGCCUCAUAUGCUGUUGCAGAGUUCAUGUGUGCUUAUUUGGGCCAUUGUCCAUCAAUGUAGGUUCAAAUAUGUUUUCCAACUUUUUAGUACAGUAGUGGAUGUGCUAACAUCUAUAUGUUGUCAAGGAUUGUUUGAUAAAUCUAUCAUAUUAUACAAUGAAUUGGAAAAAAAAAUGUUGAUAAUCA